CUGAGGUCUCUGCCGCCCUUUGUCUGCCUGGGUCUUUCCCCCGACCCCCUUCCCUGGGACCAUCUUUAGAUCUCUUUGUCUCUCCAGGUCUGGGUGUUUGGCAUUGUCAGCCGACUCCACAGGUCCACGCCGGUGGCCCAACACACCUACAACUAGGAACAGCCUUCGGCCCUCACUGCCCAGCUCCAGCCCAGGAGGCGCACGGUUAAUACCACUGAGUUGGCGCCGUCGUCCUGGGCUUAGAGUAGCCCUCCCCGUGGCACACGGCCACCCACCGACCACCGAGCUGAGGCGGACGGGUCGGCCCCUAACGGCGUGCAGCUCCUCCAGGUCCUAGAGCGGCUCGGUGCGGCCCAGCUCUUCCGCUUCCCGUCCCCGCCCCCGGCAGCAGCCCUAGGGACGCUUGGGGCCGAGACCCCCUCCCACCCCCGGUUGAACGCGGAGACCGCAUCCUAGAGCUGUCGGUGGCUCGGGCACCCAAGCCUCGCCAAGGAGCUCCGGAGAGCACGGGGUGGCGGAGCCGGAGGCGGCCGGGAGGUGAGGGAUGGCUGCGUGCCGGAAGGAGCAGCAGGGUGGCGUGCCGGUGAUGGAGCGCGCGGUGGAGCCGUGGGAUCCAGAUCUCCAUGGCCGGGAGGGAAGGGAGCAGCUGAGAGGUGCCCGAAUAGGUGAGAUCCGCGGCGAUGUGCCGCCUUGUGCAGGUCUAGAGGGUGAGCAUGUGGAGAUGUCUCAGACGGAUGAGUUUGAACAUACCCCACAGGAGGAUGACUUGGCAUUCAAGGAAGAAGAAGAUUUGGCCUCAGGUCAUGAAAUAGGAAAUGCCUCUCUCAAACCCCAAGGCAUCCAGACAUGGGAUGACUUGUGGGUCCAGAGAGAGGCUCCAGGGAAACCUCAGGCUCGAGACAGAGGCUCCCGGCUCCUGGGAGAAUCACGCUGGGGCCAGGCUAGUGAUCGGGCUGCUGUGUGUGGCGAAUGUGGCAAAAGCUUUCGGCAGAUGUCGGAUUUGGUGAAACAUCAGCGGACACACACAGGGGAGAAACCCUACAAGUGUGGGGUCUGCGGCAAGGGCUUUGGGGAUAGCUCUGCCCGUAUCAAACAUCAGCGAACUCAUAGUGGUGAGAAGCCCUACAGAGCUCGACUGCCAGCGCAGGGUCCUCCAAAGAUUCCUCGGUCCAGGAUCCCUGCUGGCGAGCGCCCCACUAUCUGCGGUGAAUGUGGCAAGAGCUUCCGGCAGAGUUCUGACUUGGUGAAACACCAGCGAACACACACGGGUGAAAAGCCCUACAAGUGUGGCAUCUGUGGCAAGGGCUUUGGUGACAGUUCUGCCCGCAUAAAGCACCAGCGGACACACCGUGGGGAGCAGCCCCCCCGGCCCAUGGUGCCCGGGCGGCAGCCCUCUCAUGCAGCCACAGCAGCUGCACAGGGACCGAAAGCCCAGGACAAGCCAUAUAUUUGCACUGAUUGUGGCAAAAGAUUUGUGCUUAGCUGCAGCCUUCUGAGCCACCAGCGUAGUCAUCUGGGACCCAAACCUUUUGGCUGUGAUGUAUGUGGAAAGGAAUUUGCCCGGGGCUCAGACUUGGUGAAGCACCUGCGGGUGCACACAGGAGAGAAGCCCUAUCUCUGCCCUGAAUGUGGCAAGGGCUUUGCUGACAGCUCUGCCAGGGUCAAGCACCUCCGCACCCACAGUGGCGAGAGGCCACACGCCUGCCCGGAGUGUGACUGCACCUUCAGCCUCAGCUCCACCCUUCUCCGCCACCGCCUGACUCACAUGGAGCCCCAGGACUUCAGCUUCCCAGGCUACCCCCUGGCUCCCCUGAUCCCCAGCCCACCGCCCAGCUCAAGUCCACCCCCACCUCCUCUUGGUACCAAUCCCCCACUAACACCUCGAAGCCCUUCACACUCAGGUGAUGGGCCUUUUGGGCUGCCUGGCUUGGAGCCACAGGCUGGGGAGCCACCCCCACCACUAACAGGUGACAAGCCCCACAAGUGCCCUGAGUGUGGCAAGGGCUUCCGCCGAAGCUCGGACCUGGUGAAACACCAUCGUGUGCACACGGGGGAGAAACCCUACCUCUGCCCUGAAUGCGGCAAGGGUUUUGCUGACAGCUCAGCCCGAGUCAAACAUCUCCGCACCCACCGAGGUGAACAGGCUCGGCCACUACCACCAUCCACGCUCCUGAGGCCAUAUAACUCCCCAGGCCCAGCCCCCAUGGCCCCUCGACCCCGAGUCCGGGCCCAGCCCUCUGGACUCAGCCAGCCCCAUGUGUGUAGCUUCUGUGGGAAGGAGUUCCCCCGGAGCUCAGAUCUAGUCAAACACAGGCGCACACACACUGGGGAGAAGCCAUACAAGUGUGCAGAGUGUGGCAAAGGUUUUGGUGACAGUUCUGCCCGUAUCAAACACCAGCGUGGGCACCUGGUCCUGAGGCCCUUUGGGACUGGGGAUGGUCUGGCGAGGUCCGUCAAGGAGGAGCCACCAACAGGACUGGAAUGAUGGGGUACAGGGAGGGUGGAGGCCCAGGAAAUCCAAGGGGUGGCACUUGCCUAAGUAGGGAAGAAAGGGCCUGGGAGGUGGUGGGAGGGAGAAGGAAAGCAGGUGGGAGGGGAAGAAAUGGGAGAAAGGAGUGAAUAGAUGGAGAUUGGAGACAAUGACCUUGAAGCUCAGGAAACUGUCCCAGCUGGGCUCAGUAAGGGCCUUGCCAGUGUGGUUUAUACCCCCAGCUUCUAGAACACUGCCUAGUACACAGUAGGUACUCAAUAAAUACUUGUUGAAUUAAUAAACUGGUCUUAACCUAAGGGCCCUUAAAGAACCCUAAAUUUCUGCUGCGUCUUAAUCUGUGAAGAACUGGUCCCUCCCAACCUUGUCCCAGAAGACCAGCAUCCUGAUCCAUGGUUUGUUUGACCCUUAUGAGCUGCAAAAAAGACUUGGAAUUCAGGGUGACAGAAUUAGGCAGGGGCAUCUCGAUCAUCCUUCUGAUGAGAGUAUUGAUGUAUGGCAGGCUGUACCCAGCCUCAGGCCACUGGACAUGGUCUUAGCCAGGAAGGGAACUCUUGGUCAGAGGCCAGACCUACCUGCCCUAGGGGCCCUGACACCUGGACACUGGCACAAUAGACCAGAGACAGCAGAAGGCACACUACUCUGUUCUACAUGCUAAGCCCAGGUCCUGGUGCACAUCAGCAGAGAGAAAGUGAGAGGGCAGGACUGGAGUAAGGAGAAGCCAGGGAAGCUCCAAGGCCAGACAGCCACAUCAUGUGUCUCCUUGCCAAUAAACUGCUUCUUGUCUGAG